AUGCAGCCCUCUGAAUUUUCGCCGAAUGCUUCCCACUAUUACGGUCCGCAGAGGGAGCCCCCCCUGUCCCCCGCGGGCUACGUCGUCCUGUCCGUCGUCAUGGCCGCCUUCACAGGUCCGGCCAUCGUGCUCAACGCCACGGUGAUCAUCGUGUCCCUCAUGCAUAAGACGCUUCGGCAGCCGCUCAACUACGCUCUGGUGAACAUGGCCGUGGCAGACCUGGGCACCGCCAUGACCGGAGGAGUGCUGUCCGUGGUCAACAACGCCCAGGGGUACUUCUCCCUGGGAAGGACAGGCUGCGUGAUGGAGGGCUUCGCGGUGUCCCUGUUCGGCAUCACGUCUCUGUGCACGGUGGCCCUGAUCGCAGUGGAGAGGAUGUUUGUGGUGUGUAAGCCCCUGGGGCAGAUAGCCUUUCAGAAGAAGCACGCUGUGGGGGGCAUCGCCCUGUCCUGGCUCUGGUCCCUGUCCUGGAACCUGCCUCCGCUGUUUGGAUGGGGCAGGUAUGAGCUGGAGGGCGUCGGGACGUCCUGCGCUCCGGACUGGCACAACAGCGACCCUGGAAAUGUGUCUUACAUCUUGGCCUACUUCGCAGUGUGCUUCGCCGUCCCUUUCCUCGUCAUUGUGGCGUCCUAUGUGAAGCUGAUGUGGACGCUGCACCAGGUGUCAAAGAUGGCCUGUGUGGAGGGAGGCGCGGUGGCUAAAGGAGAGAUGAAGGUGGCGUCCAUGGUCAUCCUCAUGGUGCUGACGUUUCUCGUCAGCUGGUUGCCGUACGCCAGCCUGGCCCUGUUCGUGGCCUUCAGGCCGGAUGUGAAGAUCCACCCGCUGGUCGGCACGGUGCCGGUUUACCUGGCCAAGAGCAGCACGGUGUACAACCCCGUCAUCUAUAUUUACCUCAACAAUCAGUUUCGUAAAUAUGCCGUGCCCUUCCUGCUGUGUGGGAGAGAGCCGCGGCUGGACGAUGAAGAAUCGGAGGCGGCAACCAUGGUGGAGACGGCCAAAGUAUCUCCCUCCUGA